CCUAUCUACAGGCAUAUAUACAAACAGAAAUACAAACAAAUCUGGAAUACGAUCUAUAACCUGAGAUGAAAAAGGCAGUGCAAUAAUGACUGUACAAGGAGGCGCAGGUAACGGCAUAUAGUGACAGUACUGAAUAAAUACGUGCAUAUAUUGGUACCGAAAUAAAGUGUGUAGGUGUGGAGUGUCCAGAUGUGCAAGAUGCGCGAUAGGGGGUACAGAAAGUGCAAUAUGUACAGUAAGGUGUCCAUAUGUGCAGAUGGACAAAAUAAACCUAUGAUUUAACAUGAGAUUCAGAUUAGAGGGGUUGAACCUCCUGUUUAAAGUUGUCAUUGUACGUCUAUUAGAUUCAGUCCAGUAAGAAUGAUUUGAGUCUUCGGUUUUGGAGCUGACUCACUGUGUGUAGGCAGCUUGGCGUGACCUUAGUCAAGUAAUAAAAUUCAGGAAGCUAUGCCGCAUCUGCGCAUGCGCUCUGUGAUUCUUCUGCUUCUACUGCUGCUGCAGACUCUCCGUUUGAAGGCCAUGGCUGAAGUCCAGAUUAGGCGCUAUAAGGAUGAUGACGAGGUGGACGUGAAGGACAUCUUCACUGUUGGUAUGCAUGAACUCAUCCCAUACUCUUGCAAGUAUGUGCUGAAGCAGCCACACGUCCAGAUGUUGCUACUGUCUGUGUUCUGCGUUCUGCUGGCCACCUCUGGGUCUCUUCUGUUGCCCAUGCUGGCAGUUACUCUCCUCCUGGCCGCAGGAUGGCAGGGAAUCUGCUACAUGAUCUACAACUACGUCCGAACCUCCAUGUGCAGUGACUUCAGCAACAUCCGUCAGUCCUACCUGGAGAAGCCCAACUCCUGCUUCUGGGUGGCCGAGAGCCAGGGUCGGGUGGUGGGCACAGUGGCCUGCUACUCUGCAAAGGAGGACAAGGAUUGUGUGGAGCUCCGCCGGAUGUCAGUGAAGCCCUCCCACAGGGGCCAGGGCAUUGCCAAAGCCCUGUGCCAUAUUGUUGCGGACUUUGCCCGAGAUCAGGGCUGUCCAGCUGUGGUAUUGUACACUUCAAGUGUCCAGAUCGAUGCUCAGAAGCUCUAUGAGCGUAUGGGCUACAAGAAGGUCAGAGAGUUUGCUUCUCCAGUGCUCUUCUCUAGGAUCACCAAAAUAAUGGUAAUGAAGUACGUGCUUGACUUACAGCAGCCAGGAAACUGAAAGUUUUCUAAAGAAGCUUUGCUCCGUCCACUCAUUUUGCACUGAUGUACAACACUGUGUUGUGCACAGUGGCCUUUAUGAGUAUGGAGAGAGUCAACUGUAAUAUUUUUAGCAGUUUACUCUUAAAAAAUAAAAAAACAUGUAUGAGAGAGGUUUAGAUUGUGAGCCAAGAAAUCAAGGUUAGUCAUUCACAGCUUGGCUGAGUGUGCAGUUUGAUUUUAACCAUUUAAAACAGCCAUCAAAAAAGCUGAUUCUAAUACAUAAGCAGCGUAAAAUUGAUUGACAUUUAUCUUUAUCUUUAUCUUUAUCUUUCUGCCACUGGGUAAAGAAGCUUCUAUGCAAAUUGUAACAAUUUUAUCCAUUUCAUGUAUACAGUUUUAAACAAAUUAUCUUUACACUAACAGUGAUAGCAACUUCUGUGCUACAUGUUAGGUAAUUAUUGCACUGUUUGCUUGCAGCUGAUUGUGAGGUUUGCUUGUCUGUAUCUGAAACUAUUCUUGUAAUUAAAAUCCCUUUUGCACUGAC